AUGACUGUUGCCAAUUUGGUCAAAAUGGGAUUUGGACCUCAGUUGGAGGAGAUCUACGAUCAGCACGGUAAAAACUAUGCUGAUGAAGCACACCUGGACAAUGGAGAUCCAACUCCAAACGUCAACCAAAGUGAAGACAUCAACUCUGGAGAAGAUAUCAACGCCCAAGCCCAUGUCAGGAAUAUCCAAGGUCUGGUACGUCCAAAGCCCAAAACUACUGCCAGGCGUGCCAUUGAGGAAAACGACGAGGACGAGGAAGUUGAUCUGGAAGAUACUUCCGAAGAAGGGGAAACAAGCAGCUAUUCAGCUGACACCGAGGACAGUGAUGAUGAAGCUUCUGAGCUAGAGGCCAAGGAGAUGCCAGAGAAAGCUAAGCGUGGCACAAAGAGUUCAUCCAAGAAUCUUGGGAAAACAGGAAAGAGCAAGGGCAAGAAGGCAAAUGGCAAGAAGGCAAAUUCCAAUCAUUCUGGUGACUCUGAUUCUAGUUCCUCGCGCCAAAAAUCCAAACCCCGCCGUGCCAGUGCCAGUUCUAAGAAGAAGCGUGCCAGUUCCAAGAAGAAGGGCCACCGCAACAUGUCUUCAUCGUCAGAGGAGGAGUCAGUGAAGAGAUCUGCGCGGAAAGCUGGCUCUCGGCCUCUAUCCAUCCGGCAGAUGGAUGAUGCAAAGACCCGACGCAAAUUGUGUGAGCUGGAGAGGCCUAUGUCAAUGCUCCAACGCAUGUCCCUGCCUGUUUCCAGAACUGAUGAUUUUGAUCCCAAUAAGAAAUCACACAAGCAGAUGAAGCAGAAGGCAAAGAAUUGGCCAUCGGUGAUCCAUGGAUGUUUUACUUUGAGCGACAAGCUACCAAAUGAAGAUGGCCACAAUGGUGAUGAUUUGCAGGGACCCCGAAAGCUUACUUUUUGGACUGGAUCUAAGCACUCUAGUCGCAGAAUGAAGCGUUGGUUGAUGAAUGAUGAUGAGAAAUAUGACAUUGAAUAUGUGGCUGACUUCAAUUCUUUCUUGAACUCCCGCCGCUCUGAGUCUGCACAGCAGAAGAACCCCCCUCCCAGGCGUGAGGUAGCACAGGACAGUGAGUCCAGUGAGGAGAGGCAAGCAACCAGCGAAGAGAGAAGAAGAAAGAAAAGCAACAGGCCAUGA